UAUGCGUACCGUGGUACGAACGAUCGUGCGAGUCAGAGGGGGUAUAUACACCGCCCAUAUUCAGUAGACAUAGUUGAAAGCGAGAAAGAUGCCGCCCAAGAAGAUACAGAUAUGCAGCAGCAUUUAUCAUUAUACCUCAAUAUGAUUAUUCUAUUAUAUCUGAUUGGUCUAGAAAGUCACGUGACAGGGCGAUGUCAUAGGAAUGAAAAAGCCGAUAUGAGCAUACUAUGUAGACAAAUAUGAUAAAAUCAAAAAUAUUUAAUCAUUAUGAUUCUCUUUAUAUCUCAGAACCAACUUAACUAUCUAUGAUUUAUGAAAGAAAAGUGAGACAGUUACAUGGGAAAUCAAACAAUCACGACAUUAAUGUUGCGACUGUUGAAAAGUCAAACAUUAUUAGAAAUCAACGUAUUUUGUGUAAUCAUAUGUUGCUUAGUAUAAUAAAACGUUUAUUGCAUGAAUGUUCAGGGAAUAUGAAUAUUUAUUCCCCAGAAAAAACAAAUUUCUCUCGAGCAAAGCCCUCGGGAAAUAUUAUUUUUCUUGAGGGAAUCAAUCUUUAUACAUGUAUUUCCCUCACCAUCAUGUAAUAAAUGUAUAUUGUAAAUUUUGUUCUGAAACAGAAAUACUUAUACAGUGUAUAUAUACUAGUAGCAAAGCAUGGCAUAUUGAGGCUGAUAAGUCGUACGUGCAAUGAUAGUAAAACGUUGCAAGAUUACAUGAGACACGCUGAGCAACAGUCUCACGGUCGCAAAACAGAGGCAUAAACACCAGCGAUUUAUCUUACGAUCUUUUUAAAUCGUGUAUCACUCUUGCGAGUACAGAAAACGUUGUAAAACGUUCGUACUAAUGUUCGUGCGUUGCACUGCGAUGAUUUGGAUCACGUUCGGUCGCGUCUGAAUAGUGUGCAUGUCCACUAUUCAGAGGAGUCUUAAUGCUACCAGUAAAACGUAUGCAACGAAUGCGAGAGCUCGUGUAACGUAAGCGAGGGCUCGUGCAACGUAUGCGAGAGCUUGUGCGAAGCUCAAAAAUUUCGAUCGCAAAGUGGUGUAAAGUGGUCGUGCGCCAAAUGUGAAAGGGACUUUAAGGACACAAAUGAACUAUUUGAAAUGAGCAAGAUUGAAAGCCAAAAAGUGACCUCAAUGAACUCGUUUUAUUGCAUGCAUUUUAUCACAUAUAUUAUCGACACAGUUACUUACAAAUAAGUUGUAUAAAAAUAAAAAAAAUAUAUAUACAUGUAUGUAUAUUUUGGUAUGAGUUAGGCACAUUAACGACCGUUUUUACAGGUUUUGCGCAUCAAAAAAGUCUUAUUCGAUAUUGCUUUGAUAGGGAAUGCAUGCACAAUGUAUGAUCGAAUUUUAUGUCACUUAAUUAACACCCUUGUUGCAAAUUUUUGAACAUAGUUACUACCAGGUAAAUUCUACAGCCCAUGCAAGAUGUCUGGAUUUUAACGAAUGCUUCCUUUUCGACAGAUUAGCGCCAUUUUAAGCAGAAUUGCUGAGUUUCCUUAUAUCUUCACACAUACAAAUUAACAUACAUGGCCCGAGGAUUAUUAGAUCAUUUAUCGGAAAGCAAGGAGGACAACGAUGUUCAUCCUGGUCCUUGUUUCGCUCUUUGUUCCUAUUGAAAUAAUUGAAGGAAAGAAAUGCAGCGAAUCGAGUUGUUGUGCUGGUUACUGGUUCGAUUCGUCCGGAAACUGUGUUGUCUGUCCGAGCGGACUACACGGAGUUCAGUGUUCGACUCCCUGUGCUAAAGGUUUCUAUGGAGAACUAUGCACACGCCGCUGUGAGUGCUCGGAUGAGCUUUGCAAUGCCACAGUUGGGUGCCUUCGCAGACAAGAUAUGAGUCUCCCAAAUACCAGCAGUCUUUCCACUGCUAUUCCUAUCACACUUGGAGUCCUAUGUUUAUUCGGUGUGAUCAUCACAUUUUUGCUAUUUAAGAUGAAACAAUUUUCAAAGCGACAAGUUUCGCAGAGGACGUCAAAAGAGAAUGUUUAUGAUGAUGUGUGCAACACCUCGAAAGGCAACAGACAUACAUGUACCAUUGGCAUUGACUUAAAGCCUACAGACAACUCGCCUCCACCUCUGUAUCCAAAAGACUUUUAAGAUUGUGUCAUUGAAUUCAAUCAUUCUACCAAAAUGAUAUUACUACCUAUAGUUAUACGUGAAUCAAUGUCGCAAAAUGCAUGAGCGUGUUGUAUUUGUGUCAUAAAGUCCCACAAACAUGUAUGAAAAACAGUUUCCAUUUCACAAUUUUUUUACUAGUUGUAACUAAAAAGUUUUAACAAAGGUGUACACAAGAUAAGAUAAUGUUUUUUUUAAAUAGUUGAUAAUGAUACAUGUUCUGUUAGUAAUAAUGAAGUUAAAACUAUUGAACAUGUUUUCACAUCCUGUUCCUUUACUUUAAAUUUAUGGAGUAGUUUAGGAAUGCAUAUAUGUCAUGCUGUUUCAAAAUGAAUUGGCUUUAAUGAAUAUAACAUAUUAUUUGGAGAGACUCCUCCUUCUGAUUCUAGUUCGGUCUUCAACUUUUUGAUCCUACAUACAAAACACUAUAUUUUUCAAUAUCUGUACAACAAAAAAUCCAAUAUUUGCAGGUCGACUAUGUCAUUUAAACCUUAAAUAUGAAAUUGAAAAAUGUGCAGCUAUCAGAAACUCUUCUUUUAAUAAAAAUGAUAAUAUAUGGUUUGAAUGGAUAAUCUUUUUCUUAAUAUUUAACUUCAAGAGCUUUAUUCAUUUCAAUUUAUGCAAAAUUGUAUCGACUUGAAUUAUAGUUUUCUAUAUCUAUAAGAUAAUGAAUUGUAUGUUUGUGGGUGCAAAUGUGUUAUAAGAUGAAAAACUGUAAAUAUAAAAAAAAAUAAUGUUUUCUACAAUAUGAAAGUCUUUUAGCGGCAAACAUAACAAAUAUUAAAUGUAUAUUUUGUUCUUAUCAUUUGAAGAUAUAAUAAUCCAUCCAAAAACCGAUGAUCAUGUCCAUUUUUAGACUGUAUUUAUCUCCUUUAGAGAUAGAUCUCUAUAUAUUUACAUUUUCCAGUGUCUUUGCCUGUGAUAACACUACGUAUCGAUUUUGUACUAUGUAACCCAUAAUACAAAUGACGCCAAAUUGAGGCGCAAGCGGGGUUUGCUUAUUUAUAUCUAAAUAUUUAAUCGUACGAUGGC